AUUUGCAGAGACGUGUUGAAGGUUUUGUCAUCCCGUGGCAAUUGCUGCAAAACGAGAAGAGGAAAAUGACAGGUUAUGGGGGAAAAUUAACCAUCGUUCUGUUUGGAAAGAAAGGAGCUCCAAAGAGUUCAAUAGGAAAUCUAAUCCUACAGAAAACCGAUAGAGAUGGUUUUACCCAUGAUACGGAACUAAGUGAGUUGAUAGAGAAUGAAUUAUAUGCUGCAAUCAACACCCCAGACAUGUUUGGAGAAGGCAAUAAUCCAGACCAGCAAAUUAUCGACUGUAUGGCACUUUCAUACCCUGGCCCUCAUAUAUCCCUGCUUGUGAUUCAAGAUAGGCAUGAUACAUCAGAGGACGUUGAACAGCAAAUUGAACACUUACGAGAUAUCUUUGGAGAAAAUAUUACAGAAAACAUCAUAGUCAUGUUACCACACGGGGGUGACAUCUUUCCACUGGCAAGUUAUUGCAAUCAAAACAGGAAAUAUCCCCUGGAAGUCUUGAACAAUUCUAAUGAUCUGCACAAAAAGUUACCAAUGGACCGUAAGUUCUUCAAGUACACCUACGAAAACUACAGUGAAGGUGUUGUACUAAAAAGAAAGGAAACACUAUCGGAAAAGAGAAAGGCCCAAAAGAUGUCUAUUGACUAUGAUCGUCAUCCUGGAACACAAUUUGGGGAUGCAUCAAAAACCCACCGGUCCAGUGAUCCUGGCGGAUCUCAGGAUGGGCCAGCUAGCGGAUCUGGAAACUCAAAGACUGGUAAAUUAAACCAUGAAAGCGAUCACAGCAACAUUUUGAACAUUGUGCUACUGGGAGAGACAAGAACUGGAAAGAGCAGUAGUGGAAACACAAUCCUGAGAAAUAAAUGUUUUCCAUCGGGUGCAACCUCGGUAUCAGUUACAAAAAUGUGUCAGGUAGAAAAUAUGAAGAUAGGAGGGACAGAGGUUAGGGUCAUUGAUACCCCAGAUUUCUUUAAUGAUGAUCUUAAACAACCAUGCAAAGACGUUGAGGAUUGCAUAAAGAUCUGCCAGACAGGGUUGAGUGUGUACUUACUGGUGUUUCAGAUUGGCCGAUUCACAGCGGGUGAACGAGAGAUCUUGAAAAAAUUGGAAGAUGUCUUGGGUAGAAUAAGAGAGAGAACGUGUGUCCUCUUUACUCGUGGAGAGGACCUCAAAGAUAUGAGCAUUGAAACGUUCAUCAGUAAGGCUGACACGCAACUGAAAGAAAUAGUAGAUUGCUGUGGGAGCAGACAUGUGUUCAAAAACACAAAAACAGACUAUCAGCAGGUGGUGGAGCUGAUGGGGAAGAUAUUCCAUUUUCUGCCCAAUAAUCAAAUGUCUCGUGACUUAAAGGACUGGGGAAAACAAAAUAAAGGUCAAAGGUGCACAGUGAGUUAACUUAGAUCCCAGAGACAAAACUGAAUUAAUGUCACCAAAUGAAUGGGUUAGGUGCACUGGGGACAUAACAGUGAAUAUGGUUAAAACAGAAAUGCUCAGUACAUAUUGCACUGCAUUGCUUGCUGUUUGCAAUUUUAGGCUGGGUAUCUGUUUAAGCACUUUGUGGCAUCUGCUGAUGUAAAACGGGCUUUAUAAAUAAAUACAUUUGAUUGUUUAAGUCACUUUAUUGUGUCAUCAGAAAAAUCUAAGAUCGUGAUGUGAAACAAUUUAUCUAAAAUGUUCUAAAUUGAGAGUUGGUAUACAGGUGUAGGAUCUUAAUUUGACCACCCUGUUGUAGGAUAUCUUUCGUGCAAUGCAGGAAUAUUUUAAAUGUGUAAUGGAUUUGAGGUUUUAAAACUUUAUAAUUUCCACUUUGUAAUGUCAUACUUGAUUUUCCAGUACGAAAAGGUAUUAAUCCCAACAAAAGUGUCCAUUAAUUAAAAUCCACAUAAUAAUUCACAUUUCCUGUUGCUGCAGGAUUAUUUUCGUUAUUUUUUAAAACUUUCCAGUUAUUGAAUAUGAGUGACUGCAUUUGUAGUGUAGUUUAAGAUUACAUUUUUGUUACUUUUGUCAGUAAUGUAGAUUUAUGGAUACUUAUUUGAUCCAAAAUGGUUAGAACAGUUGUGACUUUAUUCACUGUUGUUUUAAGAAUCUGUCAGAUAACCUGUCAGAUCACAAACAAAUGUUGUUGUUUUUUGUUUUUGUUUUUGCGACUUUGAGAUUCUGUGCAUAAUGAAAAGUGCCAUAUAAAAUGAAUGAAUUAUUAUUAUUACUGUUAUUAUUCAAAUGGGGUUUAUUUCCUUUUGAUGGACAACAAGAAUGUAACUGCAUGUACUCAAACAAUAACCUAACGUUACCUUCUGUGGAGUGGAUCAGAAAAAUAUGUUGUGUUUUCUAAUGACAAUGACUUUGCUUUUUGACUUAUGCUGUGUUCGUCUCACAGGAAUCAGCUUGAUUUUUUACAUUAGUAAAUUGAAUUUAGGAUUUAACUGUUUAAAAAAUAGUCAUAAUUUAAUGUAGUAAACCUUUGUAACUUUGAGCAUAAAAAUAAACUGUGGAUAUGUAUACAAAUAA